GCUACCGGGCAGCGGGGGCUCCGCCGGCGGGAGCGGCCACCGGGGGUGACGGGGCCGGGCCGGGUCCCCCGGGCUCGGCCGAGAAGCGAGGGGGCGGCGCUGCCGGCGGCAGCCGGGACUUCCUGUGACAGCCCAUUUCCUGGUCGGAUGGGGCCGGCGGGCGGCGGGGUCGGUCCUUGACGGGCUCAGUGGCCGCCAGGCAGCGAUGCGGGCCCCGGGCCCUGCCGGCAGGCGGCCCCCGCCGUGACCCGCCGCGGGCAGCCGCUGGGGCUGCGGCUAGGCCGGCCCUGGGCGCCGCUGCGGGGUGCAUGGGGUCACCCCCCCCCGCCCGCACAGAGAUACCGGGCGGGGGCCGUGUCAGGGGCCCUGUCACUCGGGCCUCCGCUGAGGGGGCUGCGGCGGCCCAGGCCGCGCUGUGGGGGUAGCUGCCAACCCCUUCCCGUUCUCCGCGUUGUGCUUUCGCAGGGGUGAAUCCCUCACACCCCGCUCGGCCCCGGACCCCCGUCUUCGCCCGGCGGCAGGAAGCGGGGGAAGGGGGUUUGGGACCGGCAGAGCAGCAUCGCCCCGCGCACGCAGGCGGCUGCUGCCUCCUGAGACAUGAAGAAGUUUUUCGACUCGCGUCGGGAGCAGGGUGGCUCUGGCCCUGGAUCGGGCACCAGCGGCGGCGGCGGUGGCAGCGGCGGCCCGGGCAGCGGGUACAUCGGGAGGGUGUUCAGCAUCGGCCGGCACCAGGUGACGGUGGACGAGGUGCUGGCGGAAGGUGGAUUUGCAAUAGUGUUUCUGGUGAGGACCAACAAUGGGAUGAAAUGUGCCCUCAAGAGGAUGUACGUCAACAACGAGUACGACCUGCAGGUCUGCAAAAGGGAGAUCCAGAUCAUGCGGGAUCUGUCUGGCCACAAGAACAUUGUGGGAUACAUUGACUCCAGUAUAAACUCCGUGAGCAGCGGGGACGUGUGGGAAGUGCUCAUCCUGAUGGACUUCUGCCGAGGGGGUCAGGUGGUGAACCUCAUGAACCAGCGCCUGCAGACGGGCUUCACGGAGGCCGAGGUCCUGCAGAUCUUCUGUGACACCUGCGAGGCCGUAGCCAGGUUGCACCAGUGUAAAACACCCAUAAUCCACAGGGAUUUGAAGGUUGAAAACAUCCUGCUGCACGACCGUGGCCACUAUGUCCUGUGUGACUUUGGCAGUGCUACUAACAAAUUCCAGAACCCUCAAACAGAAGGGGUGAAUGCAGUAGAGGAGGAGAUCAAAAAGUACACUACAUUGUCCUACAGAGCACCAGAAAUGGUCAACCUGUACAGUGGCAAACUUAUUACUACAAAAGCAGACAUAUGGGCCCUCGGCUGUUUGCUGUACAAGCUGUGUUACUUCACCUUGCCCUUUGGAGAGAGUCAGGUGGCGAUCUGUGAUGGCAACUUCACCAUUCCAGAUAACUCCCGGCACUCACAAGACAUGCACUGCCUCAUCCGGUAUAUGCUUGAACCAGACCCUGAUAAGAGACCUGAUAUUUAUCAGGUCUCCUACUUUGCAUUCAAACUGGCAAAGAAGGAAUGUCCAGUCCAGAACGUCCAGAACUCGCCAAUCCCCACUAAACUCCCAGACCCGGUUAAAGCAAGUGAAGCUGCUGCAAAGAAGAGUCAACCCAAGGCCAGGCUGACAGAUCCCAUCCCUACAACAGAAACUUCCAUAGCACCCCGCCAGAGACCUAAAGCAGGACAGACACAACCCAACCCUGGAAUUCUGCCCAUUCAGCCAGCCCUGACACCUAGGAAGAGACCCACGGUUCCAGCAGCCAUUCAGCCGCAAGUUGCAGGCCCUGCUGCCCUGGGCAGUGCUCAGCCCUCGCUCCCUGCAAGUGUUCCCCAGCAAAAAGCAGCACCUCAACAGGCUCCAGCACAGCCCCAAGCCAAGCAAGCACCGGCUCCGCAGCAAGCCCCGCAGGCACAGCCCCAGGUCCCCUCUACUCAGCCACAAGCCACACCUCAGCAUCAGCAGCAGCUUUUCUUGAAGCAGCAGCUCCUGCAGCAGCAGCAGCAGCAACAACAACAGGCUGCCUAUUACCAGCAGCAGCAGCAGAUGAUGCAGGCGCAGCAGUUCCCAGUGAUGCAGCAAGGAGCGCCGGCACAGCAGCAGCUCAUGCAGAACUAUUACCAGCAGCAGCAGCAACAGCAGCAGCAGCAGAUGAUGGCCCAGCAGGCAGCAAUGCAGCAGAAGACAGCAGGAGCAGCAGGUCAGCAGAAGCAGCAAGCCCCAGCCCCGCCGCAGCCCCAGCCCCAGCAGAGUGUGGCCCAGCCAGCACAGCCACAGGAGCAAGUGAUGCAGGCACAAAUGAGGCCACAACAAAAGCCUCAGACGACCCCCCCUCCAGCAGUGCAGGGGCAGAAGCUGGGGUCUCUCACCCCUCCAUCCUCCCCUAAGACCCAGCGUGCAGGCCACAGGAGGAUUCUGAGCGACGUGACCCACAGCGCGGUGUUCGGGGUUCCAGCCAGCAAGUCCACCCAGCUCCUGCAGGCAGCUGCUGCUGAGGCCAGUCUCAACAAGUCCAAAUCUGCUUCCACCACACCCUCGGGUUCCCCAAGGACCUCACAGCAGAAUGUCUAUAACCCGCCCGAUGUCUCCACGUGGAAUCCAUUUGAUGAUGAUAACUUCUCCAAACUCACAGCUGAGGAGCUGCUGAACAAGGACUUUGCAAAGCUGGGUGAUGGGAAAGCUCCAGAGAAGAUGGGCAGCUCCACAGAGAACUUGAUCCCAGGUUUCCAGCCGGCUUCAUCUGCGGCCCAGCCAGAUGCAUUUGGUGGCUCUUCCUUCACUCCUGGACCAGCUGAGAAAACGAAAGACAUUCUGAGCUUGGACACUAGCCCUUCUCUUCUGACUGUGCCUGAUCCUUUCAUUCCUCUCCCAUUAUCCGACACGCCAGGUCUGCAGAGGGAUCCAGCCCUAUUCCCAGUGGUAGCUCUUGAGCCCUGUAAAGGACCUUCUGGCAGUGAUGGACUUGCUCCGUACAAGGGUCGGUGUGAGAUGCGGGAGGUGAAAACGCAGCACAACUCGGAGUCAGACUACUUGGCAAGAGAUGGUCCUUCAAGCAACAGCUCCUUCUACAGCAGUGAAGGAGAGGGGACAGACCAUGAAGGGGACAUUCUGGAUUGCAGCGGGUCCAGGCCGUUGCUGAUGGAUUCGGAAGAGGAGGAGGAAACCUGCAAGUUGUGCCCAGGGUUCCUGCAGUCUGUGCCCAGGGAAAGGCAUGAGGCCUCCAAAGAAGAUCCCCACUCCCAGCCUAGAGCAGGGGAGUCGCUGUUCCCUGCCUUCCAGUCACACACCGGGGAGGUUUUUAAUGAGCCGGAUGUCUUUGCCACGGCUCCUUUCCGAAGCAUGAGGAAAGUGCCUGAUGAGGUGGAUGUCUUUACCAAAGCUCCUUUUAUCUCCAAGGGGAACAUGGCUCUGAGGCAUCCCGAAGAAGCAGACGUGUUUCUGAGAGCCCCUUUCACUAAAAAGAAAAGCGUGGAAGAGCUGACUUCCCAUAGUACAUCUAAAGAGUCAUUCACACCUCCCAUCCUCCUGGGUCAGGGAGGCGAUGGCCAGCACCGAGCUAACCCCGGGAUCCCAAGCCUGGACUCCGCAAUGUGUGGGUCCACAGCCACGGCGAGAGCUCAGUAUGCCUCUGCUGGCUUUCAUCAGCCAGGAAGCCUUCAUCCCUCUUCCAUCAGAGCCGCAGAGCCCCAGGAGCACAUCCCUGCUAAAGGCUCUGUGCCGCCGGAGCAGGGUGGCACUGCGGGCGAGAGGAGCCCGGGAGGAGCCGCGCUGCCGCAGGAGGCCGUGCUGGGCUCCGUGGCUACCAAGCCUUUCCGUCCACAAGCCCUGUCCAAAUACUCCCGUCACUACAGCCCGGAAGAUGGGCCGGGGCUUGACGUGAAGCCCAUCGCUGCUUACAAAGUGGUUUCCCAGGCCAACAGACAGGCGAUAGCAGGAUCUGUCUCUGUUGUCCCUCUGUCUUCCAGGACUACGGAGCUGCCCGGCGGGGAUCCCUUUGCUGCAGCACCCUUUCCUUCCAAAGCAGGAAAGCAAAAGCCUUAAUCUGCUGUGAGCUGGGAGGUGUGCUUCCCUAGGGCCACCUCCCACAGGACCUUGAACCUCUUAGUUGAAAUGAAUGAUAUAGCAAUAUAUAUAUAAAAAUAAUUAUUAUUUUUGGGUCAGAACUCUAUUUGCAGUGCUAUAUAGCUGAACCAUUUUAAGUUAUGUUAGCCUCAAACCUGGCUCUCAGGAUCUUCAUAUCCUUUUCAAUUGCUUCUUACCUUCCUCCUCUCAUUGUCGUCCUCUCCGUUUAUUGUUUAGAUGCUUUCCCAAACCAGUAAUAUUCCAUAUGUUCUGGUCCUGGCUGGGAAAAUGCAUUACAAGAUGAAUGAAAAAGUUUAUGGAUUACAGAGCAAGUCAAGCGGGACUUGCUAGUGCUCUGGAAAGGAAGUGAUUUCACAGGUUAAAGGGUUUUUGUGACUUCGUCCCUCUUUCCUAUCAGUGCAAGACAGCAAUGUUGUAUAUUCCUGCUGCUUGGCCGCGAUGGCAAACCUGGCAGCCAAGCUCCAGAGUCUGUCGUGUGCAUCCAUAGGUGAUGCCAUGCAGGAGGCGGUGGCACCAGGGCUGUGUUAGAGCCAUUUCUUUCAGUUCAUGUGCGUACUCCCUGCCUGGUUUACGCCAGCACAGGGAUCUGCUGAUGGUGGUGUUGCAGGAGGGAGCUGGGCAGCAGUUUUACAGUAUUAAACAGAAGCCUUACUGGAAAGCUGAGUGUGCAAACACCUCCCUGGCUGUCCUGAGCUCCAUACCUCAUGUGGUCACUUCAGUGCUGGCUGCAAUCCGGUUAGACUGAGCUAUAGAGAACCUCCCCUCUGUGUGUGAACUCUGCCUUCUGUUUUCCUGGUGAUAAAGGAUGAACCUAAGCAAAAUCCA